ACGUUAAUAGAUAUUAACCCAGAAAUAAAUCGAGCCCUGCAGGGCAAUUAUCCGGUCGUAGCUUUAGAAUCAACUAUAAUCACACAUGGAAUGCCUUAUCCUACGAAUUUGCAAGUAGCGAAAGAAGUCGAGAAAAUUAUUCGAGAUAAUAAAGUCCAACCAGCUACAAUUGGAGUUAUUGAUGGUAGAAUUAAAAUAGGGCUGACUGAAGGUGAAAUUGAACAUUUAGCUAAAUCGUCUAACACUAUCAAAAUUGCUCGCCGUGAUCUUUCCAUUGCAACAGCUAAGCAACUAUCUGGUGGAACCACAGUUUCAGCUACAAUGUUAUUAGCUCAUUAUGCUGGUAUUAAAGUCUUCGUUACUGGCGGAAUUGGUGGUGUUCACCGUGGAGGAGAAUUGAGUAUGGAUAUUAGUGCAGAUCUUCUAGAAUUAGGAAAAAUCCCUGUGAUGGUUGUUUGUGCUGGGGUUAAAUCUAUUCUUGAUAUUGGACUCACUCUUGAAUAUCUAGAGACGAACGGGGUUACAGUAAUGACGUUGGGCAAUGACUCUAAUUUUCCUGGAUUUUUUACUGCAGAAAGCGGUUAUAAAUCUCCUCAUACAGUUUCGUCGCCUAAGGAAGCAGCACUGGUUUUUGAUGCCAGUAAAAGAUUAGGUAUAAGUAGUGGUAUGAUCGUAGCUGUACCUAUUCCGAAGAAUGCAUCCGCAUCGGGCGAGUUGGUUAAUAGUACUAUACAUACUGUUUUAGCAAAUUCUAAAUCAGAAGGCAUUACCGGUAAAUCUGUAACUCCCUACAUCCUUCAGAACGUAAACCUGUUGACAAAAGGGGAAUCAUUGAAGGCCAAUAUUGAAUUGAUAAAGAAUAACGCGAAAGUAGGAAGUCACAUUGCUAGUGAAUAUACUUCUCUCCAAUCGGAAAAAUCGCAGGUAAACAAAUCUAAAAUUAAUAUAAAUAAAUAUAUAAUAUAUAUAUACUACAGUAUAAUGUAUAUAUACAAAUCUAUAUCCUGUGCUUUUGGGUGGAUUAUUUCGAGUCAAAUUAGUUAG